UCUCUUAUGAAUAUCCAUCCUAGGACUAUAACGAGUUAAGUUUUAGUUACUCUGCAACUAGAAGCGUCACAAAAUUGAAAUUGAAAUUGGUGCCAAACUGCAGAUGUUGCAAACCCUAGUUCCAGUAACCUUCCGCUUCGUGAAUCGCUCAUGGCUCCCAAGCUUGUGUGUCCGAGCAUUCUCUUCCUCCUCCGAAUAUGGAGACCAAUCACGCGGUGGCCUCCCUCGUUUCUUCUCAGAAACUCUUCCUCCUUCCAAGGGGAAUGUUGUUCGUGUACAAGGUGAUGAGUUCUGGCAUAUGACAAAGGUAUUGAGGUUGAGCAAUGAUGAUAGGGUGCAGCUCUUCAAUGGGAAAGGAGGUCUUGUAGAAGGAUGCAUACGGAACAUGGACCGCACCGGAAUUGAUUUUGUUGCAUUGACUGAUAUGGAGAUUAUACCUCCACCGAACACGCAAUUGCAUGUAUUUUCUGGUUUUGGUACUCUCAAGGGUGGCCGUGCUGACUGGCUUGUAGAGAAAUGUACAGAACUUGGAGCCAGUAGUGUAACUCCUCUAUUGACUGAACGUUCUUCAUCAAUCUCAGAAAAUCGGGUUGACAGAUUGGAACGUGUCAUAUUAGCAGCAUCCAAACAAUGUAACUACAUUUUUACUUGUCAACGACUGCAUGAAAUGAUUUUUAAACCUCCUGUGGACAUUGAUGACCUUUCGCAUCUUAUUGCACAGUCAAAGUUGCCACUUAUUGCAACCGCAAAGGCAACUCCAGUUCUUAAUGCAUUGACAUCAUUGGAAAAGCAAGCUAGUGGCUUAAUCAUAAUUGGACCAGAAGGAGACUUCACUGAGAAAGAAGUAAGCAUGAUGGUGGAAGCAGGUGCUAAAGCUGUUAGCCUAGGGCCUCAUCGUCUUCGGGUCGAAACUGCCACGAUAGGACUUCUAGCUGCUGUCAUGUUAUGGUCUGACUCUCAGUAAACUUCGGUCUCUUUACUAAUCAGUAUAUGCAGGUCCGUUACUUGACUGUUAGAUAAAAAGAAGUUAUUGUAAGUUCACAUUGGAGAUGAAGAUGACAGGCUCCUGUUUUUGGGUCCAA